AUGGACUGUAUGCUAAUUCGGUGGAGCAGGAGGCGAGGGAGGUCGUUAUUUGCUGAGUGCGCGGCAUUACACCCUGAGCUUUUCUUGGAAAAGGUCGGCUCGGCAAAUACACACAGUUGCGCUGGUUCGCCUAGAAGGGAAGAUUGUGAACAAAACAACUGGUCAAUUGGGAUUGUUACCGAAUCUGCACAUUGCUGUUAUAUAAGUCAUUAUUUUCAGGCCGGUUUCGCCGGAGAUGAUGCUCCGCGAGCUGUAUUCCCGUCCAUCGUUGGGCGUCCUCGUCACCAGGGUGUCAUGGUUGGUAUGGGGCAGAAGGACUCGUACGUCGGAGAUGAAGCUCAAUCGAAGAGAGGUAUUCUCACAUUGAAGUACCCCAUUGAGCACGGUAUCGUUACGAAUUGGGAUGAUAUGGAGAAAAUCUGGCACCACACUUUCUACAAUGAGCUCCGUGUUGCCCCAGAAGAACACCCCGUUCUGCUGACUGAAGCCCCUUUGAACCCCAAAGCUAACAGAGAAAAGAUGACUCAGAUCAUGUUUGAAACCUUUAACACUCCUGCUAUGUAUGUGGCCAUCCAAGCCGUGCUUUCUCUCUACGCUUCCGGACGUACCACUGGUGUUGGAUACGCUCUUCCCCAUGCUAUUCUCCGUCUGGAUCUUGCUGGACGUGAUCUGACUGACUACUUAAUGAAGAUCCUUACUGAGCGUGGUUAUUCUUUCACCACCACCGCAGAGCGAGAAAUCGUUCGUGACAUAAAAGAGAAGCUGUGCUAUGUAGCCCUCGAUUUUGAGCAGGAAAUGGCCACUGCUGCCUCAUCCUCAUCCCUCGAGAAGUCCUAUGAGCUACCCGAUGGACAAGUCAUCACUGUCGGAAACGAGCGCUUCCGUUGUCCAGAGGCCCUCUUCCAGCCUUCCUUCUUGGGUAUGGAAUCCGCUGGUAUCCACGAGACCUCAUAUAACUCAAUUAUGAAAUGCGAUAUUGAUAUUCGUAAGGAUCUGUACGCUAACACUGUUUUGUCUGGAGGAACCACCAUGUACCCUGGUAUUGCUGAUCGUAUGCAGAAGGAAAUCACUGCCCUAGCCCCUAGCACAAUGAAGAUCAAAAUUAUCGCUCCUCCAGAGCGCAAGUACUCUGUAUGGAUCGGUGGAUCAAUCCUUGCCUCGCUGUCCACCUUCCAACAGAUGUGGAUCUCGAAGCAAGAAUACGACGAGUCUGGGCCCUCCAUCGUUCACCGCAAAUGCUUUUAA